AGGCCUUAGAAGCCGGCGUGCGUCCAGUCCAACGCCUCGCAGGCGAGGACCGGCAGGCCCGCAGCCAUUACAGGCCCCAGCAGCGCUCGGGCGCAGCGCCAGCGCCAGGCCACGCCCCCUCGCGUGCCAAGACGGGAGGCCGCCGGGAAGCUUGUCCCACGCGCCGCGCCGUCCGCCGUUGCUAAGGAAGGCCGGAGACGCGGCCCUUAGCGACGCGGCUCUCGCUGCGCCCUGCCAGCCGCCAUGGCCGCCGCCGGGGCCGCCGUCUGCCCGAGCCCCACCGUCUUCCUCCUCAUGGUCAACGGGCAGAUCGAGAGCGCGCAGUUCCCAGGUUUUGACGACCUCUACUGCAAGUACUGCUUCGUGUACGGCUAUGACUGGGUUCCCACUGCGGGUCUGGAAGAAGGCAUUUCGCAGAUCACCUCUAAGAACAGAAACAUUCAGCAAGACCUGGUGUGGAAUUUCCCCAUCGACAUCACCUUCAAAAGCACCAACCCGUUUGGCUGGCCACAGAUAGUCAUAAGCGUGUAUGGCCCUGAUGUUUUUGGGAAUGACGUGGUUCGAGGAUACGGAGCUGUUCACGUUCCUUUUACGCCGGGGAGGCAUAAAAGGACCAUCCCGAUGUUUGUCCCAGAGUCCACCUCCAAGCUGCAGAAGUUUACCAGCUGGUUCACAGGGAGGCAUCCGGAAUUCACAGACCCCAAGGUGAUCGCGCAAGGAGAAGGCCGCGAAGUCACCAGGGUGCGCUCGCAAGGCUUCGUGACCGUCUCCUUCAACGUGGUGACCAAGGACAUGAAGAAGCUGGGCUAUGACGUGCUCCCGCUGAGCACCCCCAACCCGUCGCUGACCUCCAUCACAUAAGCGCCAUUGGAGUGGCCUGGCCCGGCCCCACACGACGGCCCCACGUCCACCCCGCUCGGCACUCAGCCGGGCCGGCUCCAGGCGCCACCGCAGUGCUUCCGACUCGCCACCGCGGCUGCAGGACUGCACCUGCUGGAGGGCAGCCUGCGACUUCUCAGUCGGUUUUCCUGCGUGUGGAAAAGGAGCGCAGCCUCCGCACGGCACAUGGCGAGGGCUGUUUUGGGGGAGGGGGGCAAAAUGGAGCAGCAUUUGAAAAGAGGGCCCGCUUUUACUCUAGCGAGCAGUCCAGCUGCUCCCACCUCAGGCUACAGAGUUGGAAAAAUAGGUUGCGUUUCCUGUCACUUGCCUUUCCUUGUAGCAUUUAUUACGGCAGUGCCAUAAAUCACAAAGCAGGACCUGCAUGUGGCAUUUAUUAUAUUAUUAUUAGAAAAAAACAUUUGCUCUGUGAAGCGCACCCUCACUUUUGAAAACCCGGCGCUUGGCAAUUAGUUCCUGCCCCAGAUGCGUUCUUUACAAACUCUUCUUAUUGUUGAAGGUUGGAAUUUGGUGGCUGUUAAAUAGAAAGCGCUCCUUGUUUACUGUUUUGAACUCUUUCUUGAAUAAAGGCUGUCACUGUUUACUA